UGCCUGUAAUCCCAGCACUUUGGGAGGCUGGGGCGGACAGGCUGCUUGAGCUCAAGAGUUCCAGACUAGCAUCGGCAAAGCAGGGAGACCCCAUCUUUACAAAAAAAUUAGCCUGGCAUGGUGUUGUGAGCCCAUAGUCCCAGCUAAGUAGGGCAGAGGUAGGAGAAUCACUUGAGCCCAGGAGUUCCAGGCUGCAGUGAGCCGCGGGGUCGUGCCACUGGACUCCAGCCUGGGUGAAAGAGCAAGACCCUGUCUCAAAAAGAGAAAGGAAAAAAUUUAACAUCAAGAACUUCCUUUCAUCAAGACACCACUGAGAGAAUAUGACAACCCACAGAGUAGGAAAACAGACUUGUAAUACAUAUCCGCAACAAUGGACUUCCUCCUAGAAUACAGAGGAUAAAAAGUAGCAACACUUCCGCUUGCACCCGGACGGAACUUCCUGUCACGGAAAAGAACAUCCUGUCACGGAGAAGAACAACAUCCUGCAGAAUUUCCUGUCACGAGGAACAUUCCGCAGGAGGAAAUGGAGGCUGAAAGGCUGCGACUCCUCGAGGAAGAGGCCAAGCGGAAAAAGGUAGCCAGAAUGGGAUUUAAUGCAUCUUCCAUGCUCCGAAAAAGCCAGCUAGGUUUCCUCAACGUAACCAGUUACUCCCGUUUAGCCAACGAGCUGCGUGUGAGCUGCAUGGAGCGGAAAAAGGUCCAAAUUCGGAGCUUGGAUCCCUCCUCUUUGGCGAGCGACCGAUUUAACUUCAUUCUGGCGAGUACCAACAGCGACCAGCUCUUCGUAGUGAACCAGGUCGAAGUCGAAGGCUCCAAGUACGGCAUCAUCAGCCUGCGAACUCUGAAGAUCCCUUCGUUCCACGUGUACGUUCUCAGAAACCUUUACGUCCCCAACCGGAAGGUGAAGUCCCUGUGCUGGGCCUCGCUGAACCAGUUGGACUCUCACGUUCUGCUGUGCUUCGAGGGAAUCACAGAUGCUCCAAGCUGUGCAGUGCUGCUCCCAGCGUCGCGGUUCUUAAGUGUUCACACAAGAGUUAACCAGCCUGGCAUGCUCUGCAGUUUCCAGAUCCCAGAGGCCUGGUCCUGUGCGUGGUCCCUCAACACCCGGGCAUAUAACUGCUUUAGUGCAGGCUUGUCUCAGCAGGUCCUGUUGACCAGCGUGGCGACGGGACACCAGCAGUCAUUUGAUACCAGCAGUGAUGUCUUGGCCCAGCAGUUUGCUAGUACGGCUCCUUUGCUGUUUAAUGGCUGUCGCUCCGGGGAGAUCUUUGCCAUUGAUCUGCGUUGUAGAAAUCGAGGCAAGGGGUGGAGGGCCACUCGCCUGUUCCAUGACUCAGCAGUGACCUCUGUGCAAAUCCUCCAAGAAGAGCAAUGCCUGAUGGCAUCAGACAUGACUGGAAAGAUCAAGCUGUGGGAUCUGAGGGCCACUAAAUGUGUAAGGCAGUACGAAGGUCACGUGAAUGAGUCCGCCUAUCUGCCCCUGCAUGUGCACGAGGAAGAGGGAAUCGUGGUGGCAGUGGGCCAGGACUGCUACACGAGAAUCUGGAGCCUCCAUGAUGCUCACCUGCUCAGAACCAUCCCUUCCCCGUACUCUGCCUCCGAGGACGACAUUCCCAGCGUGGCCUUCGCUUCUCGGCUCGGGGGCAUCCGGGGAGCAGCACCAGGGCUGCUCAUGGCUGUCCGGCAGGACCUUUAUUGUUUCCCCUUCAGCUAAUUCUGCAGGUGGCAGCGCGGCCGAAUGUGGAUUUGACUUAAGGAAGUUAAGAGUAUCUUAUUACCGUUUCUGUGAGAGCAUUUUAAGAGACGUGUUGUGUAUAGAUCGCAUCCAUCCGGCUGCCAGGGGUAAGGUGUUAAGAGUUUUAUGUGCAGACAUUCUUGUAAAGUUAUUUCAGUUAAACUGUGGACUUAACUUGAAAGUCCUUUUCAUAAAAGGUACCUGUUUCCUCUUGUUGAAUGCCUUAGAACAGUUAACCACCUCCCCAACCCUUUUUUUUUUUUUUUAAUAAUUAAGACUUUUCUAAGGACUGAAGAUUGGCAAAAACUAAAAUAAAGCAGCUUCUUUCACUAGUAGCCCUUUAGAGAAGCAUAAUGAUGGUACUGGUAAGACUGUUUGACUAAUCAUACAGGGUCCCAGGCAUCUGCGCUUGAGGAAGCCAGUGGGAGUGGAGACAAGGGAGAAGUAAUUUCUCGGAGUCUCUACAGAAGUAUUUAAGGCUGGAGUUUGGAAUCAUUAAAUUUGGCCUUCUCAAACUCAAUAGCAGAUCUCUUAAGAUUCUCCUUUUAUUGUUAUCAUCCAUAGGCAUUGGAAGGAAAGAUGGAUCUUUUUAAAUACUAGAAGUUUGAAACAGUCCUUGAUGUGCUUUUGUUGAGGUACCUUUAAGAAUGUAAGGUACAGCAGCUCCGGUUUCUAUUAUGGUGACUUGAAGUUCAGAUUCAAGGAAUUGGCUUUGACUUUUUGUAAUCUAGGAGCAGCAGUUUGUGAGAGAUUUAUUAAAAAUGUUAAAGAGCCUGUUUUUUCUACUAAGCAAGGAAGAAAAAAAAACGUGUAAUAAUGUUAGUUGCUACUUCUUAAUAGCCAAAGCCUGGAAAUGAUCUGAAUUUCGAAAAUGCUAAAAUUCGUGAUAUAAUCAUACAAUCGGAUACUGCAUAAUAAUAGAAAAUAAGGCACACUUGCUAUGUGAAACAGUAUGGACCAAUCUCAACAUGUUGACUGAAAUUAGGUAGAAAUGAGUACAAACUGUAUGAUUCAAUUCUAAAGUUCAAAAGCAGUAAAAAUUUGUCUAUGGUGAUUAAAGGUAGAGUAGAGUAGUACGUACCUCUGUAGAAAAAAAGGAUUUUUUUUUUUUCUUUUUAGGAUGUUUGAGAAGUGACAUGGGGAAGCUUUAGGAAUGCUGAGUUUUCUUUAUCUUGACACUUGAUACAUACGUAAUUCAUAUAUCUAUAUGCUUCACGUUUUUAUAGUUUACUGUAUAUAUGUUAUUCCUCAAAAAAUAAAAAUAAGCAAUUAGGACACUAUUGUAGUUAGUCAGGCAAGGGACAAUGAUGCCUUGGACCUGCAUGUGAGAAGUAGAAAUGAUCAGAAAUGAUUGCAUUGGAAGAUCAUUCGAAGGUAGUAUUAUUGAUAAGGCUUGCUGCUGAGAGUAAACUAGAAAGUGAAAGAAAAAAGGAUGGCGGCUUUUUUUUUUUUUUUUUUUUUGAGACGGAGUCUCGUUUUGUCGCCCAGGCUGGAGUGCAGUGGCGCGAUCUCGGCUCACUGCAAGCUCUGAGGAUGGCAGCUUUUUUGUUAACUUUAGAACUGGUAGAUGAUGGUGUCGUUUACUAACCUGGGGAGGAUGAGGAGAAAAAACUUUAGGUGAAGGGAAUGAUGCUGAGUUUUAGACAUCUACUAAACCUCCAAUCGGAGAUACAAAGUAUUCUGCAGAUCAGGGGUCAUGUCAUGGCUGGUAAUACAAAUUUGGUGACUUCAAUACAUAGAAUUAAAAUAGAUGGGAUAGAUGUGCUUUAUAUGACAUAGAUGAGGUUAAUGUAAUUACAUAUUGAUAGAAGAUGAGUAGAUCAAUAGAGAAGAUAUUGGAGUGUGGUUAGGCACAGAUUUUUGGAAUCCUUUCAGUCAGUUUUUUAUACUAACUUGAUAUGUGACAUGAGAAAUUGUGUAAGCUUUACUUGCUGUUGUUUCUUCAGUGUAAAAUGUCUUAGAUAAUAAAACUAAAUGAUAAAGUAGAUACAGGGUUAAAGGAUAUGUAUCUUGUUCCUUUUACAUUGUAAGCAUUCAAAAUAAAACAAAACAAUGAA